UCGCUAUAUGUCACGUUACGUCAAGUGCGUGGGCGUUUUUUUUGAUUGGAUCGCGUACCAAUAAGAAGGCGUGAAGGCUGUAGAACAGGAAGUAAAUACAGCGAACGAACCUGUCUUGCAGUGGCGUCACGAUUCGGUUAAUGUCACCUGCGGUCCUUGAGAGAGAAAUCCUCACCAUGGGGAUUUUGACCAGGGGACUGGGGUCUGUGUUUGGGUUCGUAGAAGGGAUUUUGCGUGGAUUCACUGAUUUGUUUUUGACCAAACCAUUGCCGGCCAGUCUGCCCUGUCUGCAAGAUGCAGACCUAAAAACACUUGAUGGAGAGGAAAGAACAUUUAAAGCAAAAGAGCUAUGGCAGGAGUCUGGUGCUGUGAUCAUGGCUGUGCGUCGGCCCGGAUGAUUCUUGUGCAGAGAGGAAGCUGCUGAGCUGUCCUCUCUGAAGCCCCAGCUGGACACGCUUGGGGUCCCCCUCUACGCUGUGGUGAAGGAGGCCAUUAGCACAGAGGUCCAGGACUUCAGACCGUAUUUUGCUGGGGAAAUAUUCUUGGACCUAAAGAAACGGUUCUAUGGCCCUCGGGAGCGUAAAAUGGGCCUUUCGGCGUUCAUCCGCUUGGGGGUAUGGAAGAGCGGCCUGAGAGCCUUCCGAAACGGUUUCGCGGGCAACGUGCACGGAGAGGGCUUUGUGCUGGGGGCGGUGUAUGUCAUCGGCGCUGACCAGCAGGGUAUUGUCCUGGAGCACAGAGAGAUGGAGUUUGGGGAUAAAGUCAACAUCCUUGAAGUCCUGAGAGCAGUAAGAAGCCUACCAGUGGAGAUGGUGGAAAAAUAGUUCAUGUUUGUACAAUGUUGUCUCUUUGUUCUGUUGGACACAAUUUUAUGUUUUGGGAGCACUUCUGGACUCACAAAGAGCAGACCUUUUUUUGACUCAUUUCUGUUUGCUUAAUGAAUUAAUUUAACCCCCCCAAACAUCAUCUAGUCUCCUCUUGUCUGUUGUUGUGUUGUUAAAGUGCGCUGUGUGAUGUAUUAAUGAUGGCUUGCGUCUAAACUCUCCUGAGGAUGCAGGCUUGAUGCUUAUACACACGGUCCAGUCAGACUGCACACAUUACGGACCUCUGGAAACUAAUAUUGAUGAAUAAACUUAGGCCUUAAGAAGUGCCUCCCACUCUCA